GGAGAAACAGCAGAACAAGAAGUACAUCAAGUUAUCAACAAAUUCCAGAGGAUCAACUAUUUCAAACAGAAGAAGUACACGAAAUGACUGAAUCAAACAAGAAGCUUGAAGAUAAAUCCUCAAAAGUUGAUUGGCUCUCGACGGUGAAUAUAGGCACUGAGCUACUAGAGAAUAAAGGAUCAGUUGCAAGAGAUCAUGUAUGUUUUAAUAUUUUUACGUUGACACAUAAAAAUACUAAUCAAUUAAUAUAGAUGGCAAAUGAAAGAACAUUCCUAUCGUGGAUAAGGACAUCAAUGGGGCUGGCUACGUGUGGUGUCGGUAUUACUCAACUGUUCAAGUUGAAUACAGAUAAUGGUAAUAGUGACGAGUUCCUAAGUAAAGUUGGAAGACCAAUAGGUGGUAAGUAAACUCAAUAAAAUCGCUGCAAAGUAGAAUGGACUCUAACAUAUAAUCAGCUUCUUUCAUACUAAUUGCCAUCAUUUGUGUCAUAAUGGGUCUUUUCAGAUUUUUCAAUACUCAAAGUUUAUUGAAACAGGAGAAAUAUCCAGCAGCUAGACUUUCUGUGAGUGUCCUGGUGUUUCUUGUUCUGGCAGUGAGUAUACUAGUGCUUGUGAUGUUUUGGAAAUAUACUAACCAAGAUCUAGCUUUGCAUAGUGACAUUAGUUACUGUGUUGUACGUAAAUUCAUCAAAUCAUU